AUGGCCACCCCAGCGGGGCCUGGCGCGGUGCGAGCCAGCGUGACAGGGCUGAGGGCUCGCGGGGGCUCCAGCGACCCGGCGCGGCCGGGCCUGAGCCAGCAGCAGCGGGCCAGCCAGCGCAAGGCGCAGGUGCGCGGCUUCCCCCGCGCCAAGAAGCUGGAGAAGCUGGGGGUCUUCUCCGCCUGCAAGGCCAACGACGCCUGCAAGUGCAAUGGGUGGAAGAACCCCAACCCGCCCACGGCGCCCCGCAUGGACCUGCAGCAGCCGGUGGCCAACCUGAGCGAGCCGUGCCGGAGCUGCGGGCACGCCCUGGCCGACCAUGUGUCCCACCUGGAGAACGUCUCGGAGGAGGAGAUCAACCGGCUGCUGGGCAUGGUGGUGGAUGUGGAAAACCUCUUCAUGUCGGUCCACAAAGAGGAGGACACGGACACCAAGCAAGUGUACUUCUACCUGUUCAAGCUCCUGAGAAAGUGCAUCCUGCAAAUGAGCCGUCCAGUGGUGGAAGGGUCCCUUGGGAGCCCACCUUUCGAGAAGCCCAAUAUUGAGCAGGGAGUCUUGAACUUUGUCCAGUACAAGUUCAGUCACCUGCCACCCAAGGAGCGACAGACCAUGUAUGAACUCUCCAAGAUGUUUCUGCUGUGCCUCAACUACUGGAAGCUGGAGACACCCUCACAGUUCCGGCAGCGCUCUCAAAAUGAUGACGUUGCCACCUACAAGGUGAACUACACCAGAUGGCUGUGCUACUGCCACGUGCCCCAGAGCUGCGACAGCCUGCCCCGCUAUGAGACCACUCAUGUCUUCGGCCGCAGCCUCCUCAAGUCCAUCUUCACCGUCACCCGCCGGCAGCUGCUGGAGAAGUUCCGGGUGGAGAAGGACAAGCUGGUGCCUGAGAAGCGGACGCUUAUCCUCACCCACUUCCCUAAGUUCCUGUCAAUGCUGGAGGAGGAGAUCUAUGGGGAGAACUCUCCCAUCUGGGAGUCUGACUUCACCAUGCCAGCCACGGAGGGCACCCAGCUAGUCCCACGCCCAGCAGCUGUUAGUACUGUGGCUGUGCCCAGCACCCCACUGUUCAGCAAGAAGCUCAGCAGCAGCAGCUCCUCCAUGAGCAUGGACACCAGUGCUUCGGAGCCCAUGCCAGGAGGUGAGAAGCGGAAACUGCCCGAGAGCCUGACGCUAGAAGAUGCCAAGCGCAUCCGGGUCAUGGGUGACAUCCCCAUGGAACUGGUCAAUGAAGUGAUGCUGACCAUCACAGACCCUGCUGCCAUGCUGGGGCCAGAGACCAGUCUGCUAUCAGCAAAUGCGGCGCGGGACGAGACAGCGCGGCUGGAGGAGCGGCGUGGCAUCAUCGAGUUCCAUGUCAUCGGCAACUCACUCUCGCAGAAAUCCAACAAGAAGAUCCUCAUGUGGCUGGUGGGGCUGCAGAAUGUCUUUUCCCACCAGCUGCCCCGCAUGCCUAAGGAGUAUAUCACACGCCUCGUCUUUGACCCCAAGCACAAGACGCUGGCUCUGAUCAAGGAUGGCCGAGUGAUUGGGGGGAUUUGCUUCCGCAUGUUCCCCACCCAGGGCUUCACGGAAAUUGUCUUCUGUGCUGUGACAUCCAACGAGCAAGUGAAGGGGUAUGGGACACACUUGAUGAACCACCUGAAGGAGUAUCACAUCAAGCACACCAUCCUGUACUUCCUGACCUAUGCUGAUGAGUAUGCCAUUGGGUACUUCAAGAAGCAGGGCUUCUCCAAGGAUAUCAAGGUGCCAAAGAGUCGCUACCUGGGCUACAUCAAGGACUACGAGGGGGCGACCCUGAUGGAGUGUGAGCUUAACCCCCGUAUCCCUUACACUGAGCUUUCCCACAUCAUCAAGAAACAGAAGGAGAUCAUCAAGAAGCUGAUUGAGAGGAAGCAGGCGCAGAUCCGUAAGGUGUACCCAGGCCUGACCUGCUUCAAGGAGGGUGUGCGGCAGAUCCCCAUUGAAAGCAUCCCUGGCAUCCGAGAAACGGGAUGGAAGCCCCUGGGGAAAGAGAAAGGGAAAGAGCUCAAAGAUCCAGACCAGCUCUACAACACCCUGAAGAAUCUCCUGGCCCAAAUCAAGACCCACCCUAGUGCUUGGCCCUUCAUGGAGCCCGUCAAGAAGUCUGAGGCACCUGAUUACUAUGAAAUCAUCCGCUUCCCUAUCGAUCUGAAGACCAUGACUGAGCGCCUGAAGAACCGCUACUAUGUGACCAAGAAGCUCUUCAUCGCAGACCUGCAGCGUAUCAUCACCAACUGCCGGGAGUACAACCCACCUGACAGUGACUACUGCAAGUGCGCCAAUACCCUGGAGAAGUUCUUCUACUUCAAACUCAAGGAGGGGGGCCUCAUAGACAAGUAGCACAGGGGAGAGCCCUGUGGUACUGGGGGGUGGUGCUCCAGCUCCUCCUUAGAGCAGGUGCCUCCUGGUCUUAUGCUCCCCCUGCAGCCAAAACACUGGUGUGCAGGGCAGGGGUGGCAUGUCUUCUUGUUUACAUCCUCCAGGUGGGGUCUGCACUCUUCCCAGCUCAGCAAGGCCUGGUUGCUGCCAUGUACAGGGUGCAGGCUGCUGCUGACAACCUGGGUGCUGAGCUGCACCCUUGCAGCAGGUGGGGGUGCUCUUUCAUGGGCAUUUGUCAUUUCACAAACAGAGGCUGGACUCUGUGAUGGGGCUGUGGUGAUGGGGCUGUGGUGGCUGAAUGGCAGGAGCCGUUCAAGGCCUUUACAGCAUUAUGGGCUGGACUUUGCAUCACCAUGCAGCCUUACUCUGGAGGAAGCAGCAUGGGCAGCUUGCUGUAGAGGCCUUUUUCCAGAAGGGAAUGGACCUAUACUGAUAUUCUGGCCUGCUGUGAGGUCCUGUCAGGGCUGCCCACUCUCUUCUGCUGGGGCUGCGCCUUAUCUGGCCAUAGGGGCUCCCAUUGCUAUGUGAUUAGCCCAGAGCAGCAAGGGGAUGGUGGGGAAUAUACAAGGGCGCAUGGCCAAAGCAGCCCAGAACUACUGGCAUGUGCCUGUGUUUUGUCUUGCUCUACAAAGCAGAGUCUGGAUCUGCUUCCUGCCCUAGCAGAGCUGCCUUCCCUCUCCCCGCCCUCUUUGAGCCUGGGCUCUGCCUCCUCAGCCUGGCAUUAUGCUGCUGGCUCAUGCUCUGUCUUGCUGCACAUGCACACUGCGCCUCCAUCCCUGCCCUUUACCAUGUGAAUGUAUGACCAGGGCCUUCCUGCCUCCUAGGCUGUCUAGAAGGGGACAGAUUGGGGAGGUUAUGGAGCAGGAGCCCACUCACGUCUGGUCUGGGAAGGUGUCAGGGUCUCGCCUGGGGCCUUCAAUUCUUGUUCUUAAUUGAAGAUGCAUCAGAGCUCCUACCCCUGUCCCAUUGCCGCUCUCAGCCCUUGUCUUCCUGGGGUACAGAGACAGCUACUCCAUUUCCUCUGAGUCGUGCUCCAUCUGUGUCCUGGCACCCCCUUCUAUUGUGCGGGCUGUGGCUAUGUGCCCCACUAGACACUCCACUGCCCUGCUACUUGACACACAGGUCACUGUCCUGCUUGAGUCCUUCCACUGGACUUCAGUUUAGGUCCCUGCCAUGCUCUGAGUUCUGCAUAAGCUGUCUUCUUCCUGCUCUCCACUCCACCCACUCCACUGCCUUUCAUGACUAUCCUUAGCAACCUCCAUGGCUGCUCUGGUGCUAGGAUCCUAGGGCAGAGCCCCGUGCCUAUCACACAGAGGUGGGGGCUGUGAUGUUGUGCCACAUGGUCUUUGCCUCGGGAGGAAGCAUUGGCCCAGCUCGUUCCUGGGCAGUGAGUGUAAGUGCAGGGGAGUGGAAUCCUUUGUCUGUCGUCAGGAUGGAGCUCAGAUGUUCUUGGCCAAGGAGGUAACUGCAGAGGUGACCAGGGCUUCACCAGUUCUUGCACUAAGCAAUUUGGGCCAAGCAUGGGACUCCAGCCCCCACCCCCACACACUUCUUCCUGCUAGCCAUCUUGCCAGCAACCUUGCCCUGCCUCAGACAGUGGACAGUGGACCAGGUGCAUAAUCUCCCCAUUUCUUCUUGCAUGUGGCUGCAGCUUCUGAGAGCUAGAGGUUGCCACUUCCAUGCCCAGCAUCUUCCUGAGCCCGCAGGCAGCCCCAGGGGAGUUCAGGGCCUUCACAGGAGCCUGUUCCUCACUGCUCUGUCCCUGUCUGCCCAGCUGCUGGACUGUGAGCAGAUUUCUCCCCUGCUCUGGAAGUGAAAUGAAGAUAAGCUGUGUUUGUACUGCCUCCCCCGCACCAUUGACUGCCUCUUGUCUUUUCUGCUAUGCCUGCCUGUCCCUUAUGCUGUCCUUGCCAUGUGAGAGCAGGUGCUCCUCAUGCCUGGCUUCUGCCUUGCUGGGCUGUACCCACACCCAGCCCUGCCCACCGACCCAUUCCACCUCACACUUGUGGGUUUUUUUAAAUAAAUGUACUUGUCCAAAA